AUGGAUUUGAAGAAACGGCGAAAGAUAUUGGAGAAGAAAAAGACGAUUCACGACCUUAUAAAAAGAGCAUCUUCCAUUGUCGAUCCUCUUUCUCCGUUUGAUUCUUUCCGUCGUUACCGGAAAAAUGACUUAUCUGUUUACUUGGAAUCUGGCCGUGGAGAUAGACUUUCCUCGUCCAUGAAGCAAUACAUCCGAAAACUCUUGAAGAUGAAUAUGGAAGUGUUCUAUGGGUCUGAUUGGCCAAUACAAGCGAAGGCGAAGCGUCAGGAGAUGUCUUCCGCAGACGCACAUUAUAUAUUUGUGCGUGAACUGAGUUAUGGUAAAGCCUAUGAGACCUCUACUCGUGGAAUUUCCAUCAAAGGGUGUAAUCAGAUAGCUGGAUUUGUGCAUUACCGGUUUACUUUAGAGGAAGAGAUACCUGUGCUUUAUGUGUAUGAAAUACAGCUGGAAUCCCGGAUCCAAGGAAAAGGACUGGGAGAGUUUUUAAUGCAGUUGAUUGAGCUCAUUGCUUCCAAGAAUCGGAUGGGUGCUAUCGUGCUAACUGUCCAAACAUCUAACGCAUUGGCUAUGACUUUCUACAUGAGCAAGCUAGGAUACAGAAUAUCAAGCAUUUCACCAUCGAAAGCUAAUCUUCUGACUUUCUCGGCGAAGUAUGAGAUACUUUGCAAAACGUUUGAUUCAGAGGCGAAAUCUGUGUUGGAGAAGAUUGAUGAAGAACCAACCAAAGAUUGA